GUUCAAUCAGUUGCAAAGGAAUUUUAUUACAAUUUCGUUACCGGUAUCAAAGCAUUGUUUAAGAUAUAUUCACGCACUUUGCUUUUUCAAGGCGAUUCAAUAAAACAGUUAUUUUUAAAGAAGACUAAAUUUUACAAAAUAAUAACAACAUGUUUUGGGGAUUAAAUUUAAAACCUAACCGUAAAUACACUCAAAAAACCAGCAAACCGUUUCACAUCUCCUUGGCGGCGCUGGAUACAGAUUCCUCAUCAGAUGAAGGCGCUAACCAAAUUUUUAUUAAUCAUGAUAAUCAGAAAUUUUUAAUUUGCACAUUGCGCAAAGGCAACUGCGAGCAAGUUAUGCUGGACCUGAAUUUCGGUGAAGGCGAUGAAAUUUGUUUCCAAAGCAUUGGUAGCGGAAAUGUUAGUCUUACUGGCUACCUCAUUGACAAAUUUAACUUCAUGGAUGAUGAAGAUGAUGAUGAUGAGGAAGAAGAAGAGGAAGAGCAAGAUAUACAAGAUCUUCGCCAGGCUUUAAUAAAAAAAGCCAACGCCAAAAAGGGCAAGAAAUCGGCGGUUGAAGAGGAAGAUGAUGAAGAUGAAGAGGACAGUGAUUUUAAUGGAGAAGGUUUAGAUGAAGUCGAGGAGGAAGAUGACGAUGAGGAUGAAGAAGAUGACGAAGACGAAGACGAUGAUGAAGAUGAUGGUGACGACGAUGAUGAAGAGGGCGAAGAAGAUGAAGAAAGCGAGGAUGAAGAAGUCCAGCAGCCAAAAGCUAAACAGCCAAAAUUGGAUAAGCCUCAAAAGCAACAAAAUGGGGUCGCAAAAGAAAACCAAUCUGUUGCAGAUAAGAAAGGCAAGAAGGAUAAAAAAGCAAACAAAGCUGAGCAACAGAAGCAACCACAACAGAAAGCUGGCGGUGAACGCGUAAUAACUGGUGGUGUCAAAAUUGAAGAUAUUCGUAUUGGCAAUGGUCCAGAAGCUAAGUCUGGCAAACGUGCUCAAGUGUAUUAUGAAGGCAGACUUAAAUCUAACAAUAAGGUAUUCGACAGUUUGAGGACAGGCGCUGGUUUCAAAUUUGGUCUGGGCCGUGGUGAAGUCAUUAAGGGUUGGGAUGUUGGAGUCGCUGGAAUGAAAGUGGGCGGUAAACGUCGCAUCACUUGUCCACCACAUAUGGCAUACGGCGCACGUGGUUCACCACCAACAAUUCCGCCAAACAGCACGCUUGUCUUCGAAGUAGAAUUGAAGGGCGUAAAUUAGAAAUACAUAUUUUCCUUUAAUUGUUUAUUUACUUAGCAUUUAUAUAUGUAUUUGCGGUAGUUCGCAUUUACGUUUUUUUUAUAUGUUCGUCCUUUUUGAGUUUCAAAUAAGUUAAAAACAAGUUGUUUCCUUAAUUAUCCUCAUUAUUAUUAUUCCUUUGCAUAAAUGUGAAAAUGUGCAAAAAGGCAACGUAGAACUAUCCUCUUAUAUGAGCAACACUCCUUGUGAAUGAUUAAAAAAUAAAUACAUUCGAAGUACUGUUUUGUAAAA